AUGGUUUCGUGGGGUGAUGGCGAGGAUUCCUCUUCAGAGCAGAGCUCCCUCGGCGCUGAUAGUGUGAACACUACCUACGACUCUGAUUUCUGCGGUUUAGCUGAUGAUGGUGGCAGUACUGUGACUUGCAAGCAUGGUGCUGUAGCUGCUCGAUUUGUAGCAUUUGAUGGUUGCUGGACAGGGAGGAGGUUCUUAGGGUGUGCAGGCCAUGAUGGAGAACCAGCUUGUGAUUUUCUUCUUUGGGUAGAUGGUGAGUGGCCACCUGCACUUCGGAAAUCAUUGGCAAAGUUGUGGGAUUUGUAUGGACAAGAGAAGCAAGGCAGGGUUAAUGAUGCUCUGGACAACAUGGAGAAGAGGUUCAAGCUCAAAGAUGAGAUUGAGAAGAUGCACAUUGACCUGAGGAAUUCUCAAGAAGAGAUGAAGAAAAUUGUGGAGGAGAAGCAGGUAAUACUUGCCUUGAAGGCCCAAGCUGAGCAAGGAUUGAUUGAUGCUAGGGCAGAGUUAGAGCAGAAGAAGGCACUGGAUGCAUCAAGCAGCAAUAUGCACAAAUGCAUGAGAAUUAAGGCAGAGAAGGAGAGAGAUCAGUUGAAAGAAGAGAAGAGAAAGCUUGAGUACAUAAUUGGGGAUUUAUUUAAGCUCAAGGAAUCCACCAGGGCAAAGCUGAAGAAGAUCAAGGAGAUGUGUGAGGAGUAG